AUGUACCUUGAGCACGUUUUUCAAGUUUUUGACUGUCCGUCUAGAUUAAGAUUUUUGUUAGAUUUUCGAAAUGGAAGGACUUUUAUCCGUAAUCCAUGGAGUUUCUUCGGCAGAUAGUAACUAUUUCAACAUUUACGUUGAUGGUUUGGAUGAGCAAGUCUCUGGCUUACAAGCAGAUCAAUUGAAUGAUGUCCAAAAUAUCAGCUCCCAACUGUCGAAGGCAACAACACGUCCAUUGGGUUUAAGGCUUCUGAAUAAAUUUCUCGAGUAUAGUUCUGCUGAAGUGUUCAACAAGACUGGUAACCUAUGGACGUCCUUGGCUUUGAAGGCUUGUCACCCUCAAAUGCAACCAUCUGAAUCUUCGUUGGCCUAUGAGGUGCUGGGAAAGAUUGCCUUUCAUUCGCUUCAGACCCCAGAGUUGACCAAAUCAUUCGCAACAGGACAUCUCUCAAAAGUUUAUGAAUCGCUAAACCACGUGCCAAUAGAGUGCGCUGGACCGGCUCUACGUUGUGUAGAAACAUGUUUGAAAUUGUAUCCGGCCUCCAGUGGCCCUUCAAGAAGAACAAUUGAGAAAUUUGUUGCCAGGUUCCAUGACUCCCUUCAAGCAGAUAUCGUCAUUUAUAACGGCAAAUGCUUACAUCUUUUGCAACAAGUCAGUGGAGGCGAAAUUCGGAGUUCCAGUCAUAAAUCGCAAUGGAAGUCUUAUCAAACACAAUUGGUUGGCAGCAUUCAUGCAAUAUUCGAUGACAUGUUUGCAAAUUGCAAUGAAAUGUGGGACGAUAGUGUUGUACAGGAGCACCUUACCCUGGAGAAGCUGGAACUUUCAGAUGAACCGGUCAAUAGGGCUGCUCAGCUAUAUAUAAGAUACCACAAUUUGAUGCAAUAUCUUAUUGUGGCCCUUAAAGAGCCAUUUCCAGUGGAGAAACCUAUUCUGCCCAAAAUGCUGUUGGGACUUAUCAAUCGUGGUUUGAGCGUUACUUGCAACCUUUUACACCAAAAUCCCAUAACUGAUAAUAUAGCUAUUGCGUUGCUAAUGCCAAAAGUACAUAUCGACCUUUUACACUUGUUGGAUUCUCUUGUAUCAGUUUUGCGAGGCCACCUACUGCCUUACUACAAUUUGAUAUUGGCAUUAUUAAUGGACAUUAUGAAGUCUACCAGCUGCUCGGAAAACAACGGCAACCAAAAACCAUUUGGUUUGCUUCGAGGAAAAAUUUACGAAAGUAUUUCGCUGUGGUGCCGAAUACAAAGUAGCGCCAGCCGUUGCGAUGUGAUUGCCGAGUAUUUGAUCAAUGAAAUACUGGCCGAUAUUAUACCAGAACAAAAUGAACUAACACUGCAAGUGUGUGCUGGAGCUGGUAAACAUAUGUCCAAAAAAAUGAAACGUCAAUUGCACAAAGCCCAGAAUGAACGCUCAAAAAUAUCCAAACCGGCAAUUAAGGCAGCAAAGCACACCAUGAAGGCUCAAAAAGAAGACCGACAGCAAAUGGUCUGCACCUCUGCACUUCGUUGUCUUCAAGAGAUGUUGCUUUCAGUAGCUUCAUUCCUCAAGCCCACAAAAAUAAAGCUGCUACAAACGACGCUUUUGCAGAUUUGUGGAAAUUUCUAUGAAUUGCCUCUUGACUCGUGUCAUUUGUACAACAAUGCACGAUGCCGCCUGGAAUGUUUUAAUGUUGUCUAUGUUAUGGUAACUACACCGCAUCAUUUAUCUCCGCCCCCCAUGGACCUUGUACUGAUGCUUUUAAACAAUGCUUGCUGUCGUGAUGGAAACAUAGGAGUACGUAACCAUUGUAAGGAAGUCAUACAAAAUCUUGAAAAGUUGAUUCACCCACAAAAAGAAUCUUUGGUAUUUCCUGUUGAUGGUCGAGAUAUACGCAACGCCUUUAUAAUGUUGGGUCAAGAACGAUUAUUAGGUGAUCCUAUGGUGUCAGCAUUGAACAAAGACGAGAGUGAUGAUGAAAACCAGUAUGAUAAGCACUUGACAAAUGAAGACAAAACGAGCAAUGAUGAAGUGCAGUUAAUCGAAGAAAUAGAUGAUCACGUUGAAAAUGAAGAUAUUGUUGAGUUAAUGGAACAUGAAAGUGAUGAGGAGGAUGUUCAAUUGAUUGGACCAGGUGACGAUGAGGAUUGUAAAAUAGUAUCACCUAGUUCCAAUGGCGAUGCAAUUGAGAAUGUAAACUACGAUCAGGACGAUGAUGACUGCAGAAUAGUAUCACUCACUGCAAAUUAUGAUCAAGGGCGUGAAAAUCAAAAAUCCCCUGAUAUAGUACUACGCGUCGAUGAUUGUGAUAGCCCCAUGGUUCAACAAGAAGAGGAUGUUGAAUCCAAUGAUGAAGUUUCCAGUCCUAAAAAAUCGCGUAUUGAAAACGAAAUCGACAAGGAAGAGGAAAACGGAAAGAAGCAUCUUGACGAAAGUCUUAAUAUGGACGAUGAUCAACUAUUGGAAGAUAUAGCUGCGUCUUUUGUGGAUGAUUUAGCAUAGGCUAAAGAGAGACAAGAGACAAAAGUAGCCAAACCGUUUCUUCCAAAAUAUUGUCCUUGUUUUUAUUAUAAGACUAAUUCAUAUUAAAUAAAUAUAUAAAUAAUAA